AGAUGGGCGAUGAAGUAAAAGAGGCGCAACCUUCCUUCGUGUACCAGCCGAAGCGCAAAGUAUGGGACAUCAAGGAGAGGGUACAGUUCCCCGAGCUAUUCAGAAGCACUGAUUCAAUACACCCCAGCUACACUGGCUUUAUUCUCCCGUACGACGCAGUAUGCCGGCAGCGUUACCAUUUCAUGAAGCAGCAGCACCGGAAGCAGUUCUGCAAGGAGGUGCGCAGGAUGGAGAUGCUGCAGUCGACGGCGCUGGACGGCGUGCGGCUGCACAUGGUCUUCUGCAACUGCUUCUCGUACCCAGAGCCCAAGAAGGUGGUCAGCCCGCUCACCUCCAAGGAGCGCCUGCGCCUCGAGGACAUCAUGAAGCAGCGCAAGGGCUUCUUCUGCUAGCAAACUGCGUUUCCGGCCGACACCGAAAUCAACUCUCAUCCACAAUUAAAAGGAGAAUGUCA